AUGGCGGCGCCGGGCCCCAAGCAGAAGCUAUACCAGGCCAUGAUCCUCCUGUUUGAGAACCGCAGCGAUGAGUUCAAGGCCGCUAUCUUCUUGGUCAUCAACAAGAUGGAAGUAGACAUGGCUGCUGAGCUACUGCUCCAGUCAGACAGCCUCAAGCGGGCCACAAUCAAUCUACUGAUCGGUGACGUGCACGUGGAUAACGACCUGGGGAUUUGGGCGCAGCAGCUUGUGGAUGGCCAGGAGGACGACGGCUGCCUGCGCCAGCCACCACGCCAGCCAGAGGGCGUGCCGCCAGAGCUGCGCGACAGCCUGUACAUCCGGCCCUGCUACCGCAGGCUGUACAACCUGCUAUGGACCAGCUGCAGCAAGGAAAAGAAACACCCGCUGGGGUUUGUGGUGACAGGCACACCUGGCAUUGGCAAAAGCGCCUUUGCCCUUUACCUCAUCAAGCAGCUCGGCAGCAGGCAGCAGAUUGUCUACUACGAGUACCAGGAGGCGAGGGCCUGGCGCCGCAUCAAGUUUGACUUCAGCGGGCCCCAAGCUGUGGCCACGUCUACGAUGACGUCAGUGCGUGAUGCCUGGCUGAUUGUGGAAGGCCCGCCUGCUGCCAAUCUGGCAUAUGAGGGCCUCACCAAGACGGUAUUGCUGUCAUCACCCAAUCAUUCUCACGUCGCCACCUUUAUCAAGGGCAAGCAGCUGCUGUAUGGGGACGUGGCCGCUGACACCGUGGCGGAGCGGUACUCGUGGCUGGGAGGCAGCAUCAGGCAUGUACUGGUGAAGCUCGACACGGACCCCCAGCGCCGGAUGCUUGAAGCUGUGCGCAAGCAGGAUGCACAGCAGCUGGUCCGGUCCGACUUCUCAGUGCGCUACGUGAUCUUCGCGUCCCCCCGCGUUGCGGACCUGGUGCUGCAGCAGCUGGCAGCUGAGCUGCAACAUGGCCUGAAGCAGUUCUUGGUGGCCUCCCAGGACGAGGCCAGCCUGGCUGGCCUGAGGGGCGUGCUGUUCGAGCGGCAUGGCCACAAGGUGUUCCAGCAGGGUGGCGUCACCUGCAAGUGGCGGCAGCUGCAGCGGCGCUCCCGCAAGCGCUGGCAUGAAGACCCGGCAGCAGAUCUGGCAGCAGAUCUUGAUGUCACUGUCGAGGAAAACCUGGAGGCGUCGCACCAUUAUGCCAAGGCGCAGCUGCAUCUCAAGGAGGACGAGCUUCUCGAGCCGCCACUGCAGCCGUGGCAGCAGCAGCAGCCGCUGCCGCCACCGCCCCAGCAGCAGCAGCAGCAGCAGCCGCUGCAGCAGCAGCGGGAGCAGCAGCAGCAGCAGCAGUGCCAUGUUGUGCAGCAGCACGUGGAGCAGCUGACUAUCGCCAGCCCCCAGUACACCAUACGCUCGGGUAUGCAGUCGAGAUGA